CAAAUGGAGGACGCCAGUCAAGAAAGAAAAGCGUCAGUCAAAUUUCACUAAAAGUUAGUGAAAUGCAGAAGUUUUUUGGUUUAGAAGUGACAGGAAAACUGGACUCGUAUACUAUGGAAAUGAUGCACCAACCAAGGUGUGGGUUUGUGGAUGUGGGUGAAUUCAGCACUUUCCCAGGAAACUCAGGAUGGAAGAAGAAAGCUCUGACAUACAGGAUUUUGAAUUAUACACCAGACAUACCCAGAUCAGAAGUGGAUGUAGCUAUUCAGAGGGCUUUCAAGGUUUGGAGUGACGUGGUCCCCCUGACAUUCACCCAAGUCUUUGAUGGAGCUUCUGAUAUUGAGAUUUCAUUUGCAGCAAAAGAUCAUAAUGACUUCUUCCCAUUUGAUGGCCCGCAUGGAACAUUGGCACAUGCUUUUGCCCCUGGCACUGGAAUUGGUGGAGAUGCCCACUUUGAUGAGGAUGAGCCAUGGACAAGUGGAUCUAAUGGGAUUAACUUGUUCAUUGUGGCUGCUCAUGAACUUGGCCAUUCCCUUGGUCUCUUACACUCUAAUGACCCUAGCGCCCUGAUGUACCCUACAUACCAUUUUGUUGAGCCCAGUGAAUUCCGUCUUCCUGAAGAUGAUGUCAAUGGAAUUCAGUCACUCUAUGGUGCAAGAGAAACUCCCAACAAGCCAACUGUACCUGAAAACCCAAGCCAACCAAGUAACCCAUCCACCUGCCAACACAACCUUACAUUCGAUGCUGCAACAACUCUGCGUGGGGAAAUCUUUUUCUUCAAAGAGAAGACUUUGUGGCGCCAAAUAUCCCAGGAUUUAAAUGUGGAACACUCUUUAAUCAGCUCCUUCUGGCCUACACUUCCAGACCACGUUCAGGCUGCUUACGAGUAUGAAAAAAAGGACCAAGUUCUUAUCUUCAGAGGUGCUAAAUUCUGGACGAUAAGUGGUUAUGAAGUUACAAAGGAUUCUCCAAAGAGCAUUUACGAAUUGGGUUUUGCACGUACUGUUAGGAAAAUUGAUGCUGCCGUCCAUGAUGAAACAUCAGGAAAAACAUAUUUUUUUGUAGAUGACAAAUAUUGGAGUUACGAUGAGCAAAAUCAGAGCAUGGACAAAGGAUCACCUAAGAAAAUUACAGACAGCUUCCCUGGUGUAGGAACCAAAAUUGGUUCUGUCUUCAAAAAAAAGGGGUUCCUGUAUUUCUUUGAAGGACACCGUCAGUACGAGUUCAGCACUGCCAAAAAGACAGUCACACGUUUAUUAAAGAGCAACAGCUGGCUGAAAUGUGGAAGUGAAAAUAAAAUUAAGCAGGGUAAUAAUCUGAGCAAGAUUUUCAGAAAGUAAAUUACUUGUGCGCGUUG